AUGUACUUCCGCUCAAAGUUAGUCAUUGUGGUUCGAUGGUGCCUCUUGUCGACAAAUUCAUUUGUGGUUCAAAUUUCAUUCUUUCUUUCUUUCUUUCUUUUUCUAUUUAGUUCUUCCAUUCUAUCACUUCUCAAGCUUUCUUUCUUUCUUUCUUUCUUUCUUUCUUUCUUUCUUUCUUUCUUUCUUUCUUCAGUUAUUAUAUUCUUUCUUUCUUUCUUUUUUUUCUCAUUUUCUUUAGUUUUUCUCUUCCUGCGCUUUCUUUCUUUCUUUCUUUCUUUCUUUCUUUCUUUCUUUUCUGAGCUUCCAUUCAUCUUUUAUCUUUUUCUCUUUAGUCCUUUCAUUCUUUCUCUUCUCGCGAAUUUUUUCUUUCUUUCUUUCUUUCUUUCUUUCUUUCUUUCUUUCUUUCUUUCUUUCUUUCUUUUCCUUUCAUUCUUUCUCUUCUCGAGCUUUCUUUCUUUCUCAUUUUCUUUCUUUCUUUUUCUCCUUUGUUCUUUCAUUCUUUCUCAUCUCGGACUUUUAUUCUUUCUUUUUAUUUAUUUAUUUUUUUUUCUUUCUUUCUUUUCUUGA